AUGUAUUCCGGCCAAAAGUAUCUGUGCAUUGUGUCGUUGGUGAUCUUCUCGAUCAGUGGUGCAUAUACGGCGCAGCGUGCGAAUGAUGCAGUGGCUGACGAGGGUAGCCCGUUCUUAGAUAUGGCGAGCGAGUUUUUGUCGACGCUCGGAAAUCAACAGGGUGGAGGUGGCGGUGGAGGAGGGGGUGCCGCCGGGCUCUCUGGUAUUGCUUCUAUGCUGCUGCCGCUGAUGGCCAACGCCAACAGUGGUGGAAAGGCUAGUGGAAACGAUGGCAUGGGUGCGAUUCUUUCGGGCAUCGGAAGUAUGUUAGCGGCCGGUGCGAAUGGAGGAGGUGGUGGAGGUGGAGGAGGAGGAUUUGAUCCUGCGUUGAUUGGAAAUGUGAUUCAAAUGUUUGCUGGAGCGGCUAGUGGCGGUGGUGGUGGCGUGGAAUCAGAUGACGAUGAGCCUGUUCGUCGUCAGCAGCCGCAAACUGGCAGCAAGCGCCAGAAGCGCAAAGCUCAAGCCGACCAGGGACAGAAUCCGCUCGUUGAUACGAUGCUUACGAUGGCAUCAAGCUGGCUAGCGAACUACAACAACGCUGAUCAAGAUCGUGAAUCGCCCUCAAACGCUGGUGGAGCUGAUGCGCUGAUGAAUCUGUUGCCCUUGGCAGUUCAAGCAUUUCAAUCGUUUUCCGGACCGGAAAUGGAACGUACCCAUGCCAAGCACAAGGAUCAUUCGUGGGUUUUGCCACCGUUCUUGGAAAACAUUCACGUAAUGUGGGACCAAUUUACGCAAUCCGAACUGGCCGAAGCGCUGUGGAUGAAGUUGGGUUUGAAUGCCGUCUUCAAGGGUUUCGUGGGACGGGACGGUAAGCUAGACUACGACAAACUCUUCCAAUCACUGCAAAAUCAAUCGUUCCGCCGGCGCUGGAUCAAGGCAGCAACCAUCUAUCUGGCCGAGUGGGUGAACUACAUCGCAAAUCCGGAGGUUUACCAACGAUACGUUGCCACCGGACAGAUGAUGGCCAACGGAUUCCUGCAAUCGCAGGGCUAUCCGAAACAAACGUUCCUCGAUAUUAAUCGACCGAGCGAAACGAUCUCGCACUUGAUCGAUCAUGUGGCGAAGCGCCAUCUGGCGGUAAAAAUUUCUUCCAUCCAGUACGUUAAGCCGGCCGUGAACUACGUGAAGGACUUGCUGAAGCUGGGCAAGGCCAAACAGUUCCUGACCCAGUACAAUGUGACCGAGAUGACCGAUAAGCUGACCGACACGCUGAAUCUUGAGGUUAUUGAACCAGUGCUGAAGGUGCAUCGAGCGUAUCGGCAAGCAAUCGCAACGCCACACUGUGACAAAUACAUCCUCUGCGACAUCAAUUCACACGAUCCGAACGAAAAGUUGGGUCUUGGCGGUUUCAAGCACGGUGUAACACGAUUUGGCAGUAUGGCAGCGGCAUGGUUUAUUGCGCAGGAAACGCAUACCCCCUUCUGGACGCUGUUUGCCAUCAUCAACGAUCCACACCAUUGUGAUGUGAAGCAUCCGGUCGAUUGUUUAGAGUACCACGAGAGUGAAAACCGUGUCACGACGGAGUAUCCUCACAGUGAGCUUUAAGGCGCUAG